AUGGCUGCCGAAGCGCCCGCUACCAAUGGCGGUUCCUCCAAGUCUCUUGCCGCCAUGCUAGAGGCACAGCACGAGGCCCACAAGCCCACUGUCGAAGAUGCAGUGGACGAAGAGGACCUCAAGCACCCUCCUCCGUCUUCUAUCGUCAACGACCAAAAGCCCGCUCCUCCCGCCACAGUUUUAGAAGAGUCGACACCGGCCGAAUCGGCAACUCCGUUCCCCGCCCCGAAGCCCGCCGCUAAGAAGGCCCCGGCCUUUGACGUACAAUCUGACGAGUUGUUCCCUGCCUUGGGUAGCGGACCCAAGCCUGCUGCCCCCGCUGCGGCCACAUGGGGUGCGAAGAAACCCUCUGCGGCUGCGACCGUUGCCAAUGGCCAGCCUGCUCAGCCUACGAACCUUCCCCGAGUCAUGUCACUCCCUGGAAAGCACAUGGAACAACUUCGCCUGGCGCCGUCCCAGAUGCAGCCGCGCGGGCAGCUAAAGAAGCCCCUCCGGGAUAUCCUCCGCGACAUCUCCCGGAGAUCCAAGGCCACUGUUGAUAUGCGCGGUGGCCCCGGUGGGUCCAUUAUCUUCGAAGGCAAGGGUUCCGUGGACUCUGUUCGUCAGGCUCUCAAAGAGGUGGCCCAACAAGUUGGAUCUAAGCAAUCCGUUCGCGUUCCCAUCCCCACCUCUGCACGCGCUCACAUCAUUGGCCGCCAGGGUGCCGUUGUUCAGGAUAUCCAGACCCGCACCGGUGCCCGUGUCAAAGUUCCACGUGCCGACAAUGACGCUUCUCCCGCCGAUGACGACGACAGCGAUACCAUUGAUGUGUUGAUUGAGGGUGAUGCGGUUGCUGCAGAGAUGGCGCGCCGUGAGAUUGAGGCGAUUGUUAAGGAGCGUGGCUCAAGCAUGAGCUUGCGCUUGAAGACAAUUCCUCCGGAGUUCUUCCCCUUCAUUGCUGGUGCACAUGAUGCUACUGUGCGUGAAAUUGAAGAGCGCACCAAGGCGCAGGUUAGCGUGCCGCGUUACGACACCUGGACCUCGCAGCCGCCUCCGCAGGAAGCCCACCCUGGCCAGGUGCAAUUUGUCCCUGUUGCUGAUAAGCACAUCCUCAUCUCUGGAGAGCGCGCCGCUGCCCAGGAGGCGCGCGCGGAAAUUGAACGCAUGGCUGCUGAAUUGCAGCGCAAGCUGACUCUCCGCCAAUUGGCCAUUAACCGUGGUCAGCACCAGUUCAUCCUUGGAAACGAGGCUGAUGCUUUGCACCAAUUCCUUGCUCAGACCGGAUGUGCCAUUGUUAUGCCCCCCGCGUCAGAUGAGAGCGAGUUCCUGACCAUCACUGGCCCGCUCGCCCAGAUCGAGGCCGGUAUCAACCAUGCUAUGGAUCUCGCAACCAGCAUGCAAAUGGCGAGCAUUGAUUUGUCUCGUCAGCACCUCAAUGCCCCCGCUGGUCCUCACGCCCAUGCGCGCGCCUUGACUGAGUACCUUCGCCGGCGCCAGAUCAUCAAGCAACUGGAGUCGGCUUAUGAUGCGCACAUUGCACUCCCCGCGAGUGUCGAUGGUCCUGUCAGCUGGGAGGUCUAUUCCCGUGAUGGCAAGAAUACUAUCCGUGCUCGCUCUGAUAUCAUGAACUUGGUGCAGGCUUACCCGCCGUCCCGUCUGCGACAUGUCCCUGUGGACCCCUACUUCCACUCCCACCUGCGUACCCAAAGCGCAAAGCGGAUCCAGGGUGACUAUGGUGUCCACCUCCUAGUUCCCGAUGAUGCUGAGAGCCCCGAGGUUGUUCUUGUCUAUGAAGGCCCAUCUUCUACCGCGUCCAACUUUGAGGUGCCCAGACAGCGCCCCUCCCCGGCGGAGGUCGCGGCAUUUGAGAAGUCUUUGCAAGAGGCCCAGGAGUACCUUUUGAACGCUCUUGGAAACCAGCAGGAUAUUGUUGCCCAGUCGGUCUCCAUCCCUGCGAAAUACCAGGACAAGGCCCGGCGGUUCAUCAUCCGCGAGCAGGAUGCCAAGGGCGAGGAUAGCAUCCCAGUGCGUGCCAUUGUUGGCGAACCCCACGGUGACCAGGUUCAGAUCACCCUUCGAGGGCCUUCUGGUUUGGUUGCCGAGCUGGCUGCCAAGCUGGAUGCUUUCGUUGUCGAGCAGGAAAAGGACGAUUUGGAGCGCGGAUACACCACCACCUUCGACUUCCCUCAGAAAUACGCUAACUUCUUGAUUGGCAAGCGUGGCGAGAACAUCAACAAGCUGCGCGAGGAGUUCGAUGUCGAUAUCAAGGUGGAGAACGGCAAGGUCGAGGUCAAGGGACCCAAGGCCAAGGCGGAUGCUGCUCGUAUGCGCAUCAUCAACUUGGGCAAGAAGCUGGAGGACGAGAGCACUCACGUCCUCAAGAUUCCCGCCCAGUAUCAUCGUGAGCUGAUCGGACAGCGCGGCAACCAGGUCAACCGCCUCCAGGACCGCUACUCAGUUCGGGUUCAGUUCCCUCGUGCCACUGUCCCCAACGAUGACCAGUCCGUCACCGAGACUGGCAGCGACGCCGGCGUUGUUCGCGCUGGCCGUCCUCAACAAGCUGCCGACGAGGUUCUGGUGAAGGGUCCCAGCAAGGGCGCUGACCAGGCUCGUGAUGAGAUCCUCAGUCUGUUGCAGUGGGUUAUUGACCACUCUCACAGCGCAAACAUCUCUGUGGCCCAGAGCCAGGUUGCUUCGCUGAUUGGCCAGCGUGGCCGUGAGAUGGACAAGCUCCGUGCCGACACCGGUGCUCAGAUCGACGUUCCCAGUGCCAAUGAUGCGCCAGACGAAUCUGGUCGUGUCCAGAUUCGUGUCAAGGGUACUAAGCAGCAGGUCGCCGAUGCUAAGAAGGUUCUGCAGCAGCGGGCUACUGAAUUCGAUGCCACUGUUACCAAGUCUAUCGAUGUGGACAAGAAGUACCACAAGGCCUUGAUUGGCGGCGGUGGUGCCAACAUCCGCAAGAUUGUGACCGAUGCCGUGCUGCUCGUAUGGUCCGCUUCCCCCGGGCCUGAUAGCGCCGAGUCUACCAUCCGCCUGGAGGGCAAUGGAAAGAUUGUCGACAGCAUUAUUACUGCAAUUGAAGAGUUUGUCAAGGAGCGUGAGGACCAAGUAACGGAGGUUCUCGAUGUCCCAACCUCCCAACACCGCAUGCUCAUCGGCCGUGGAGGUGACACUCGCCGCGGCAUCGAGUCCAAGUUCAACGUUACCCUGGACAUCCCUAAGCAGGGCUCUGGUCGUACCGAUGUCAAGCUCAAGGGCCCCAGCAACGCCGUCGCUGAUGCUAAGGAGCACGUCCAGAGCAUGCUGAAGGAGCAACACGCGGAGACCGUCGAGGUUCCGAGCCACCUCCACCACGUCAUCGCUGACAACGGUGCUUUCUUCCGCCGUCUGCGCGGCGACUAUCAGGUUACCGUUGAUCACGCCGGCCGCUCCGUACCCAACCGGCCCGCCGAGUCGACCCGUGGCGCUGCCAACGGCGCCAUGCCCUUGAUCACCGACGAGCCAGAUAUGGACGCUCACUCUUGGAACGUGGUUGACAACUCUGCUCCCGUGGAUGCCGACACCACUCCCUUCCCCUGGGUUCUGACCGGUUCUCCCGAGAACGUCGCCAAGGCCCGCGCCGCGAUCGAGAAAGCCAUCGCCUCCGCGACUCAGCAGUCCGCCACAGGCUACCUAAUCCUGCCCGACCCCAAGACCUACCGCUUCGUCGUCGGCCAGGGUGGCAGCCAGAUCAACGCGAUCCGCAAGAAGACCGGCUGCCGUAUCAACGUGCCCAAGGACCAGGCUCGCGGAGAGGCUAUUGAGAUCCGGGGUAGCUCCACCGGCCUGGAGGAGGCCAAGAACAUGAUCCUGGAGGCUGUGCAGAAUGGCUUGAACGGCUCUGCUCGGUGA